CAAACCGCCACGUAUGUUGAGAGCACCUCAAGCCCAGCAUGGAUCCCGAUGAUCAGCUGUUCGGCAGACUUCCCCGUGGAACUCCGAUUUCACAGCUCGUGCAUCACCCCGAGUACAACUCGACUCUCAUUCUCCGCUCCGAGACCGUGUCUGAGAGCACGCCUGGCGAUGCGUCUUUUCCUUCGUUUGAGUUCGUUCUACCUUUGGACGGGCUGCGAGCGGUGCGGAAUGUGCAUAGAAGGCUGCUGCCGCGGAGACCUGGGAGAGACAAGGGGCUCGAACAGCAUUGUACGCUGUAUGCAUUCGACAAUGACCAGAGGGAGGAAGGGAUCGAAGGUGUACCAUGUGCGCUGGUGCUUUCGCCGAUCGUCAAGCCUGGAGAGGAACUUCCCUACUACCAUCCGACCGUAUCACACCUCGCAUUCCGUUUCGUCCCUAACUCAUCGCAAUCCCCCUCAGAGCAUCCACAUGACGCAUCCAGUGAAUCAAUGACACCACCUCCCGAGCCACCUAUAUCGCCCGAAGCGACUCUACGCAUCGACGUCCUCCCCUUACCAGGAACGCCUAGGGACCCAAACUCGCGGCUCUACCGCACGUGCCUCGCGCUUCUCGAGACGCUGCAUAGGUACGGCUGGGGUGCGCUCACAUCGUACAAAAAGCGCGUGCGGCACGACGUACUUGUUCCGCGCGAGACGUACCAGGACGCGUAUCUCGCGCUGAGAACACGACACGCGCAUCUCGUGGGUGAGUGGAGGGAGGCGACGGAUCCGCUGAAACACGUCUUUGAGGACAUUGGCAUCGCGACGUUCCUCAUGCUCCUCUGGAAGGGCACGUUUCAAGAUCAUUCUUCGUCGCCUUCUGGUGCCAAGCCUGCCUCUCCGCCGCCGCCGCCGCCUGAUGCUGUGGCGCCGUGGAGAAGCUGGCCUCGGCCUCCGGGAGGUUUCGUGGACCUCGGCUGCGGCAAUGGCCUCCUCACGCACAUCCUCACGUCGGAAUCUUACACCGGGGUCGGGGUCGACCUCCGCGCGCGCACGUCAUGGGAACAUUACCCGCCAUCCACACGCGCCCAGCUCCGCGUGCGCGCGCUCGAUCCCACAGCUUACCUCCGUCGUUCCUCGGACUCGGACUUGGACCCGUCUGAUCGCAACAAUGCAGAGGAGACGCGGAGGCUGCUUCCCGAAGGCGCAUUCCUGAUAGGCAACCACGCCGACGAGCUCACGCCGUGGCUGCCCGUGCUCGCCACGCUCUCCGGCGCGUCGGGGUACGCCUCGAUCCCGUGCUGCGCGUGGACGUUCGACGUGCGCUUCUCGCGCGGUGCUUCUGCGAAUCGCUUCGCUCCCGAGGUGGACGAGCGCGAGGUGGACGAGGAGUGCGCGCAUCCUGAUGCGGUUGUUCUUCCACCCGGAGAGCAGGAUAGGGCGAUGGACUUCGUGGAGAAGCUGAACUUGGGCGGAGAUGGGAGCACGAGCAGCUCGUACUCUGCGUAUCGCGUCUGGUUGGCGCGGCUGAGCGUGUGGCUCGGCUGGGCAGUUGAAUGUGAGAUAUUAAGGAUACCAAGUACGAGGAACUGGGCGUUGAUAGGGAGACGAAGGAUACGAAGAGAGGACAGGGACGAAAGUGUGUACCGCGCACGAGCGCUCGCCAUUAUCGAGGGUGUAGUGCAGAGAGGUACAUUCAAGACGCGAAAGCCAGAAGGAAAGGCUGGUGACCACUGA